UCCGGUCAUACGUGUGUUUCCUGGUUGUCGGUGUCACGGAGGAUUGAGCGGAGAUGUCGACUCACGACGAUUUGUUUGACGGAAUUCUUCUGGCGGAGGAACGGUUUCGAGGAGAAGGUUACAGUGAGGGAUUUGAGAGCGGGAAAAGUCGAGGAUUGCUGGAGGGCCGCAGACAUGGGGCCUGUCAUGGAGCCAAGUUAUCCACAGAGAUUUCCUUCUAUCAUGGGUUUGCCAUCACCUGGAAAUGUCUCCUCCAAAAUAACACAGACAACAAAUCAAGGAAGCGUCUGAAAGCUCUGGACACUCUGAUGACUCUGGUCCAGUCCUCUCCUCAUGAUGACCCACAGUCAGCAGCGCUGCAGGAGGAUGUGGAGAAGAUCCGAGCCAAGUUCAGACAGGUCUGCUCGAUGCUGAACGCCCCAACUGACUUCAAGGAUUACAUCAAAACCUCUGAGGGGACUUCCUUCUGAGUCUGUCCUGAUGAUGAUGAUGAUGAUGAUGAAGAGGAGCAGCUGACCUGUGUGUGUCGUGGACAGUGAAUGUGAUGCAGGGGACCUGAGUCCAGGUCUCGUCCAGGGGCUAGACCUACUUAAAACUUGUUCAGACCACUAAAGUCUGGACCCAGGAAGAUCAGAGACAAAGCGACAAUCGCAGAAAACCAUGAGGAAGUUAGCACGAUGGCUACGCUGCAGGAACACCUGAGGUCGCAGGUCUACUCACUCUCCUCCAAGAGAUAAGAAAUGGCAAAGAGGCUCUCUCUGAAACCAUCAGUGACGUUCCUGUGUGAUUCCUCACGACUGACGGACAGUUUGUGAGAGUUAGAGAUUAACCAGAUUAACACUGUGGUCAGUUCUAGGAAUGUUCACAUUUAUUUACAAUUACAAUUGUAAUGUCAUGUUUUUGUUUUAUACUGAAAAUACAAAUACCCGCGGGGGUAGAUGGUGGCACAAGUGCAGUGUGAUGGGGUAGAUGGUGCUGAUGUUGAUUUCUGUUUCAUUAUUUGAUGGAUGUUCUGUUCUCAGUGCUUUAACCAUUUACUACUUGGUUGUAUGGAACAUAUCUAUCAUAGAUACUGUUAGUUUAAAUGGACCAGAUUAAGAUUAAGAUUAAGAUUAUUGUCUUGGGCCCUACACUCAUGCUGCAGGUGAAAAAACAUGUACAACAUGAUACAACAACUUUUAAAAUGACCCUGAUGGUGAGUAAUACACAACAUGGUGCCCAACAGUGCGAUCUCAACACAUUUCCCAUAAAUAAAUGAAUAGAUAAAUAAAUAAAAUAAAAGUAGCCGUGAAGAACGCAACCCUGAGCUCAUCAUUUUCUCAAAACACUUCAUUACUAGAGAUGUAAGUGCUACAGGACGGUCGUCAUUGUUGCUUUUUUAGGUACAGGAAUAAUCGUAGAGCUUUUCCAGAUAGAGGAAACAAAAUGAAUGUCUAGAGACUUCUGGUAGAUGGAGCACCAGGCAUCAAUAAGUGCCCCGAAAUGCCAUCCGGGUGCAGAUGCAUGAAGAAGUUUCUCUACAACCUGCUGGUCAAUGGUGAUUAUUGCCCAUUUUAGCUGGUGCCAUGUUUGUCAUGGCUUUCCCAGAGUCCCACAUGGCCAAGCAGUGGGAUUCAAGUUUUUCCUGCUCAUUAUUCCCAGCUGUUCUUAAUUUGUGAUUAAGUUAUUUCUGCAUAUUUUCAUACAUGUCCCCUAAAGGUUCCUUAAUGCCAUUUUCUCCUGUACUAUACAUGUAUGUAUGUACUAUCUGUGGCCUCCUCUAACUCUAGGCCAUGAAAGAGAGUUGCAGUUGGUGCGGGAGAAGCAACCUUUUAAAGUUUCAAUGCCAUCAUUAUUCCGUACAUAUGCAGUUUUAUAUGUGGUUUGCUGCUUUUAAGUAAGGACUUAUACGUGGGAAUUAAAUGGACACCAUUGUGAUCAGAUGACCCUAACCGUCAUAUUUCUAUGAGCCAGAAUAAAAACCAUGAGUGCGUUGCCUCUGA